CUCUCGUUGAUCACGUGAGCACUGUAUCCGUGUUUGGACUUUAAUUGAAUUUAGACCUACGGGAAGUUUAGUCCCACAAUGGAAACCAGCGAAAUCAGUUUAAUGAUAAUGUAUGAGGACGAGUCGGUGGAUGUUCGUUACAGAAACGGAGCGCAGUUACAGCUGUCACCGUGUGGAUGUGAAUUUCUGCUGGUGAAGGCCACUGAUCCCCACCGACAUCCUCUCCAACCCACUGAGAGAGUCCGACAGAGGACCAGAUUCACUAUCAGCACAUACAGGGAGCUGUUGGUUGCUGCAUUGGCAUUCAGGAAUAAGUAUGCUGACCGACCAUAUCUGCCAGAAGAACUCAUCUCUGCUGACCACAAGAAGUGUGUUUUCAGCAUUGAACCCUGUGUGCAGUGGCCCGAGUGGUCCUCCUGUGAGGCUGAGCUUGGGCCUGGAGGUGAGAUCAUCACCAGGUCAGAGGAAGGACAAGCCAUGUUGACGCUGUCCCCCUCAGGUGAAGAAUUCUCUGUUGAAUUUACCUGUAGCCUCAGCCGGCCUCAAAAGCAGCACCACAGCAUACAGUGUUUCAGCAGAGAUCCUGAUGGCAGCUCAGGCAGUCACCCACAAACAAGCGAUCUAAUCAGUGAAGAUAAUGAGACAAAAGUGGUUCAUCAGGGGAGAGGACCAACAAGAUCACAGUCUUGUUCUAGGAUGAUCAACGCUGCUCAGCACAAGCCAGAACAGAUGUACCAGUCCACCACUGUGGUCCAGCAUCAGUCGUGCUGUUCUGUUGCCCCCACGUGGGCCUACCCUCUCUCCUUGGCCCGCCAUCACUGGAAAUCUCGUCUUUCUAAACAUGAAGACAUUCCAUCAGAAGAAACAAGCAGUUCAUGCCAGGCAAAUCGGAGAAUGAACAUGCCUGACGUAUCAUAUGGAGAAAGAAGGUCACAACUUCCUCAGGCAUUGCCUCCCACUUGUCCAUCACCUCAUCGACACAGGUGGAAGUAUAAGGAGCCCCUGGCUACAGAAGAAGAAUCAGACCUUCCAAGAGACCUUGUAAAGAUAAUAUGGUGUCAAGGAGUCACCUACAGGAUACUGAGUGAAAUCAUCCCAGUCAUAGAGAUUUCUCCUGGGGAUGGAUCAGUCAUCCGGUCUAAUGGUGUUCUUAACUCUUAUUUUACCCAUCACAAACCUCCUCUCCAAUCAGAGCAGACGAAAGAGCUAACUUACCAUUUAAACAGUCUUCCACCCGACGUAUUUGGACAGAUGUACUCUGUGUGCUCUAUUGUGAGUCGUGCAAGUAGAAUCCUUGCUUGCUACAGUCAGGCCAAGCAGUUAUUGAAGCUCCCUGUGGAACCCAGCUGUUUGCAAGAGGACAAACAUUUCUCUAAGACAAAAAUGUUUGAGCAAAGAUCCAGUUCUGUGCUUGUUGAGCAUCACUUGAAUGUGACACAGACAGUCGAUAAUCGGUCCAAUCUUGUUGCUACAGAGCUGGAAAAGAUAAAGCGAUUCAACUUUCUGCUGGAAAACACCCCCUUGCUAAGGGGGGAGAGUGAAGAUGUAAACCUGGACAAGAGCCCUGCUGAAGACAUCCAAGAGCCUCUAAACGAGGACUACAUUGCUAAGGCUCUUCAAAGGACUUCCAAAGCCAUUCAGGACAUUGAUGCACUUACAUCAGGAGCCACACUGACUUAAACAAGUUCUUAACAUUAGUUUAAGAAGGAAGGAACAUAAAGCUGUAUUACCAUAUUUACAUACUUUUGAAUAAAGUCAU